UUCUAGCCCCUGUUUUAAGUUUCAACGUUCUCAGGGACUAAAUGCAGAGUACAAAACUCACCCCCAUGUUACAGCGCUUGUCACCCUACGUAUAUUUGCCAGGAGCUGCUAUGCUAUUUAUACGAGUGUGCUUGGAAUCAGUUUUGUUCAUUGCAAUUCAUUUUUUUGUGUGUUUUGAGUGCCUUUUGAGGUUGAUCAUGGAGAGAGAUGAGAGUUCUUCGGAGUCUUUUCCAAUGGGAGAAACAGCGCAGGAAAAGGCAUUCUCACAUGUACCGCAGUGCUAUACCAUUUCAACUUCACAGAGGCCAGGCCUGAAUCCGGAGACUGGAAUCGUGCCUGUUGUCGAUUGGGCUGCGCUCAGUAGUCCUGAUCGACGCUCUGAUGCCAUCAAUGAGAUUAAAAAUGCUUGUUCUCGCUCUGGCUGUUUUCAAAUUAUCAAUCACGGGAUAAGUCAAUCUGUACUUGAUGGAGCUCUUGAAACGGCCUUCAAUUUCUUUAAGCUGCCAACAAAGGAGAAGGCGAAGUUCAUGUCCAACGACGUCCACAAGCCUGUCAGAUACGGGACCAGCUUGAAAGAUGGCCAAGACAAGCUCCAGUACUGGAGAGUUUUCCUUAAACAUUAUGCCAAUCCUCUAAACCAAUGGAUUCAGCAAUGGCCUACUAAUCCCCCUGAAUACAGAGAACAGAUGGGGACAUUCGCCACAGAGGUGAACAAAAUAGCCGCUGAACUGAUGAAAGCAAUAACAGAGAGCUUGGGUCUUGGCCCAACAUACCUGACUCACAAAAUGGAAAAUGGAAUGCAAGUCAUGGUCAUCAACUGUUACCCACCGUGCCCCGAGCCCACCCUCUCUCUAGGCCUGCCACCGCACUCUGAUUACAGCUGCUUCACCAUUGUGCUACAUAGCUCCCAAGGCCUUGAAAUCCUGGACAAGAGCGAUGACACAUGGAAAGUUGUGCCAGACCUUCACAGUGCCCUGAUGGUACAUGUAGGUGACCACAUUGAGGUUCUAAGCAAUGGCAUUUACAAGAGCAUGGUACACAGAGUUGCCCUUAAUCGCGAUGAGACAAGGAUUUCCAUUGCUUCGUUGCAUAGCUUAGGCAUGAAUGAGAAGAUGGAAACUGCAAAAGAGCUGAUAGAUGACGAACAUCCCAAAGGCUACAGGGAAAGCAGCAUGAUGGAUUUUCUCAACUUUCUCUCCAAGAGAGACAUUUCAGAGGGAAGCUUCAUUGAGACACUGAAAAUAAAGAAUUAAGUUAAGGAGUAAUGCAUGUUUAAGUUCACUUGUUCUGUUUAUUUGUUUGUUUUCUUUCUGUUGUAUCUGUCUGUUUGAUUUCACCUUGUGCCACUUUCAAUG